CGGGCAACGCGAUAAUCAGGAAGUUAUUUAAAGACGACGACACGCUCGUUUGUUUAGAUAUCCGCUUGCUGGAGGACGGCUGAAACCACAGAGGAGAUGCGUGAUUAACUUUGAAGUAAACUUUAUCUGAGGGACACUUGUCGUUAUUUUCCCCUGCCUAACCAAGAUGUUCAUGUGUGUCCGAGUAUGGCUUCUCCUCCUGGGUCUUCACGCACUGGCUCCUGCUGCUGGGGCAAGGAGAGGGAGGAGAAAUGUCCUUUUCAUCAUGGCAGAUGAUCUGCGGACGUCAUUAGGCUGUUAUGGGGACUCUGUGGUAAAAUCGCCAAACAUUGAUCAACUGGCAUCCAAAAGCCAAGUUUUUCUUAAUACAUAUGCACAGCAAGCUGUGUGUGCUCCCAGCCGAACAUCCAUGUUAACUAGUCGGAGACCAGACACGACCAGGCUCUAUGACUUCAAUUCCUAUUGGAGAACGCAUUCUGGAAACUACACGACCCUGCCACAGCACUUUAAAUCUAAUGGAUACUUUACCAUGUCUGUGGGCAAAGUAUUUCAUCCGGGUAUUGCCUCUAAUCACAGUGAUGACUACCCUUACAGCUGGUCCAUCCCUGCCUACCACCCAGCUUCAUUUAGAUUUGAAAAACAAAAGAUGUGUAAAGGAGAGGAUGGUAAACUCCACGCCAACUUACUGUGUGCAGUGAACGUCACAGAGCAGCCUGGGGGAACCCUCCCUGACCUGGAGAGCACAGACGAGGCAGUAAGGUUACUGAAGAGUCGGGCCAACAAUGAUGUUCCUUUCUUCUUGGCUGUGGGCUUUCACAAACCACAUAUACCCUUCAGGAUACCACAGGAAUACCUGAGUCUAUAUCCCAUAGACCAAAUGACUCUGGCCCCUGAUCCCAAUGUCCCUACACUUCUACCACCUGUGGCCUACAACCCCUGGACGGACGUAAGGAGGAGAGAUGAUGUCCAAAAGCUCAACAUUAGCUUUCCCUAUGGACCAAUUCCUAAAGACUUUCAGCUGCGUAUCCGUCAGCACUAUUACGCUGCUGUAUCUUACAUGGAUGCUCAGGUUGGACGGCUGCUCAGUACCCUUGAUGAGCUGGGGCUGGCUGAGAGCACAAUGGUGGUGUUCACUUCAGAUCAUGGUUGGUCAUUAGGAGAACAUGGCGAAUGGGCUAAAUAUUCUAAUUUUGAUGUGUCAACACGUGUCCCACUUAUCUUCUACAUUCCUGGGGUCACCACUCGCCAUCAUAGGCUGGGAGAGUCUACCUUUCCUUUUAUUGAUGCCCUCACCCAGUCAGAGCUCAUCUUUAAGAAUGACAAAGUUAUAAGGAACAUGGUGGAGCUGGUGGAUGUUUUCCCUACUGUGUCCUACAUGGCUGGCCUCCGAGCACCAAAACCUUGUCCUGACAUUUCUUUCCAGGAGGAGUUGUGUACAGAAGGAGAUAACUUGGCCUACACCUUCCGACACAGAGAAAGAGGAGUGGAUGAGGAAGACAUAGCCUUCAGCCAGUACCCUCGACCUGCUGAGACACCACAGGAGAACUCUGACCUCCCUGACCUUAAUGACAUAAGGAUCAUGGGUUACUCUCUACGCUCCUGGGACUAUAGAUACACUCUCUGGCUGGGAUUCAACCCCAAAACAUUUCAGGUGAAUGUCUCAGAUGUCCAUGCUGGAGAAUUGUACAUGUUAGCAACUGACCCAGGUCAGGAUAAGAACCUCUUCAGUGACUCUGAGCACAGCGUGAUGAUGAGAAAGUUACCCAGCCUGCCUCUUACUGUGAGUCUGCAGAUGAAAAUGAGGCUGCAGCUCCUCUACCUCUCAGCAGGGAUGAAAACAAGUAGAAGGAAGGCGUGAUGACGAGAAUAACACACAACAGAUGGACGGAUGGAGACAAGUACAAAGGGAUGAUGGAUGGAUGAAAAACUUUAUCUAGAAAGGGAGAAUACCUUGAAUGUUUCUUUUAAUAUAAUGCAGACUUGAUUUAGUGUUAUGUGCCAUCACUAUUAAUCUUUCAGGCUCAGUUCUUCAGGCUAAUGUUCCUUGUUAAGAACUCAUUGGCAGGCACAUUUGGGUUCAACACAUGAGCAAAGUGAAUAACAAAGCACUUACGCUGUUUCUUUUCAGGAGUUUGUUUUGCUCAGAGAAACAUCCAUAUGUGUGCAGAAACUUCUGAUUGGUUUGUCUUGCUGCUGCUAAACUCAGCUUCCAGUGUUUUCCUUGAUGUCUGUGAAAACUUGAUUCACCUGUGAAAAGAAGGUGUAAUUCUAAUUUUGCAUGACUCCAAUUUUAGCAGCCAGUAGACAGAGUUCAGAUUAUUAAUAGAGUUGUUGACAUUUUGAGAAAUAGACUUGUUGCCUUUCUUUCUGAGAGUUGGAUGAGGAGAUCAAUACCAUCUGGGUCGGUUCACCCCAACAUCAAAACCAAGUAUUUUUUCUGUCACCUAUAGUGCUCUUCAUCAGUCUGAAUUGAUUGUUGGAGAUAUCGGCCGUAGAGAUGUCUGCUUUCUCUCCAUUAUAAUAGAACUAGGUAGCACUUGACUUGUGGUGCUCAACGCAUCAAAAAAAUAGAAAGAAAGACUCAACAGCAAUGUCUUUUGCCAGAAAGCAUGACCUGGUUAUGCACGAUAAUCCACAGACCUUGAUGUGAGCAGUUUCAUGUAAAAUUCAUGAAAUAUUUUCU